AGUCUGUGUUUGCCGCCUCGCUUCCCGCGACCCCAACGUCCCAGAGGCGGGGUCCGAAGCCGCGGAGGCGCUCCUAGGAGCCUCUGUUGCAGCGUAACGGACAGACCCCAGCGGUGCGGUGUUAGCGUUGAGUGGGGCUUUGUCCUCGCGGAAGCGAUCCCGGGGAAGGCGGGUGGGCAACAAGGCCGUGUGUCGGGUUCAGGCCUCCCGGACCCGGGGGCCGAUGACGAGAGGGGCAGCGGCCGGGCCGCCAGUUCCUUGGGAGUCGUCGGUUCUACGCUGCUUGCAUAAAUUGAGACAAUAGGUUGGAAAAGAAGAAAGAGCAUUAUCUAGAAUCAGGAAAAUCUGGGUCCAUAUCCCAACUCUACCACUUUCUAGGUUUCCUUUGAGUAGGAUGGUGCCUUUUUAUUUUCCUCCAUCAAAAUGUGCACUCUGGAACCCAAUGCCAAUUGGAGAUUUCAUCUACUUACAUCUCUGUUACUACAGAAAUCCAAAGCUUUUGGUGACUGAAAAGACCCUUCGACUUGCUUAUCGUCAUGCUAAGCAGAAUCAAAAAAAUUUGUCAUGCUUUUUAGUUGGUUCUCUCACAGUGGAUGAAGAUGAAGAAGGUGUGACAUUGAUAGUAGAUCGCUUUGAUCCUGGUAGAGAAGUACCUGAAUGUUUAGAAAGAACUCCUAGUGCUUCUCUUCCUGGAGAUUUUUUGAUUCCAUGCAAAAUUCAUACUCAAGGACUUUGUUCAAGAGAAUUGAUGGUUCACAAUGCAGAUGACUUGAGUUCAACUUUUAAGGCUUUGCAGCACCAUGUAUGCAGCAAAGAUUCCUUGGACUGUGGUAAGCUGCUUUCCCUAAGAGCUCAUAUCACUUCCCAGGAGAAUUUGGACGACGUGGAUUUUGAAUUGCAUUGGGCAGCAGUAACCCUAGCAAAUAACUUCAGAUGCACACCUGUGAGACCCAUUCCUAUUAUUCCAACAGCUCUGGCAAGAAACUUAAGCAGUAAUUUGAAUAUUUCUCAAGUUCAAGGAACCUAUAAAUAUGGGUAUCUUACCAUGGAUGAAACACGCAAAUUGUUACUUUUGCUGGAAUCUGAUCCCAAGGUUUAUUCUCUACCAUUAGUAGGAAUUUGGCUCUCUGGAAUUAUACAUAUCUAUAGUCCUCAAGUAUGGGCUUGCUGCUUGCGAUACAUGUUCAGUUCUGCUAUUCAAGAAAGGGUUUUUUCAGAAUCUGGAAAUUUCAUCAUAGUUCUCUACUCUGUGACACAUAAGGAACCUGAGUUUUAUGAAUGCCUUCCUUGUGACGAUGAGAUCUCUGAUCUUCGUUUUCAGUUACUAACCAGCAAAGAAACAUUACAUCUUUUCAAAAAUGUUGAACCUUCUGACAAAAAUCCAAUCCAUUUUGAACUGAGUGCUGAAAGCCAUAAUGCAGAAACAGAGUUCUUCAACAAGGUGUCAAAGAAUUUUUCAAUUAAGAGAUCUUCCCAAAAGUUAUCUCCUGGGAAAAUGCCAGUAAAUGAUCAGGACUCUGGUGUUGAAGAUGAAGAUUUUUCUCCAAGACCAAUUCCUAGUCCUCAUCCAGUGAGUCAGAAGGUUUCGAAGAUUCAACCAUCAGUUCCUGAACUUUCAUUUGUGUUGGAUGGCAGUGUUAUAGAAUCAAAGCCUCUGCCUAAUCCACUGGAAAUGGUGAAUGAUGAAAAUCCUCCCUUGUUAAUGAACCACUCUGAACACUUGAGGCCAUUGCAACCCCAGCUCUGUGAUGAGAAACACAGCUUUGAACCUGGAGAACCUUCCCUGAGACAGCUAUCAAAUCAGUUAAAGCAAGUCACUGCUCCUUUGAGACAUUGCAAAGUAAGACAGCCAUCUACCUGUGCGAAAGGGAACCCUUACAUUGGGAAUGUUGUCAUACCAUCUUCUCCUAAUGGGCCAUCUCCUGAUACAUCUGAAAAGCUUCAAGCAGUUUCUGCUGGAACUGUACCAAAAGAAGAGUAUCCCCUGAGGCCUUCUACAUUCAAUUCUAGACAGUCUUCUCUUGCUCCGCAGCCUCACCCACACAAUUUUAUUUUUUCACCCCAUAAUUUGAGAAGACCGAUGGAACUUCAUAUACCCGCUGCACCCCCACCAUCUUACUAUCCCACAAAUGUUUGCAGUUGUUGUCAGCAUCAUGGCCAUAUUCAGUGUAGUCCAGUAAAUUCUUGGCAAGGAAUAAAUAAAGUAGGAUCAGUUCAAGACCUGCAAUCUGAAGCUCUUCAAAAGCCUUCUUUAUUUCACCCAAAUGGAUGUCCUGCUAUGUGCCAUAAUGCCUUGUACUCUUCAAGUAGUCCAAUAGCCUUGAGACCUCAGGGAGGUAUGGGCAGUUGUUCUCCCUGCAGCAAUAUAGAACCAUCGCCUGUGACAAAAUUGCCUUCAUGUGUAGAUUCAUCUAAUCCACAGCCCUGUGCAGUGUGCAUUCACACACCCAAGACUGAGUCUGAUAAUGGCAUGAUGGGCCUGACUCCAGAUGCAUAUCGGUUCCUCACAGAACAAGACAGACAGCUGAGACUACUUCAGGCCCAGAUCGAGCGUUUAUUAGCAGCACAGUCUCUGCAGUCCGCUUCCUCUAAGACAACCAGUGUUGAAAACGCAGUGCAAGCUGCGAGACAAAUGGAGCCGGUUUCCAUGGAAGCACAGCCUUCCCUUGGCUUGCAGAUGAAAAAAAGUGUAAGCAUUGCUGUGAGCACAGGUGCUAGCUUGUUUUGGAAUGCAGCAGGUGAUGAUGAAGAGCCAGACCCUCAGCUGAAGCAGGAUGAUACCAAGAUUUCCAGUGAGGACAUGGAUUUUUCUGUUGAUAUGAAUAAUGAAAUCACAAGUCCUCCAGGUAGUGCAUCUUCCUUAAAAGCAGUUGAUAUUCCCAGUUUUGAAGAGAGCAACAUUGUUGUGGAAGAAGAUUUUAAUCAACCACUUUCUAUAUCCAAUUCUUCUCCAGAUAAAAGGAAAGAAUCUGAAGUGUCUGUGUUCUUUUCAAGUGGCGGGCUGGUGGAGAGUGUCAGCAUGUGCUUACAGACUCAACCAACAGAGGGCGCCAAUGACCCGGAAACGUCAGGGGAACCAAAAAUAGAGCAAGUAAUGCAAGCCCUGCCACAUGGACCAUCAGAAAACCAGAGAAUUUACCAGGAUUUACUGGGCCAAGUAAACCAUCUAUUAAGUAACUCCUCCAAAGAAACUGAGCAGCCAUCUGCCAAAGCAGUAAUCAUUAACCACGAAUGUACCAGAACCCAAAAUGUUUACCAUACAAAGAAGAAAAAGCGUGAUUCAGGACUGGUAGACAAAGAUUGUGUCCUUAAUGCAACUCUUAAGCAGCUAAGAAGCCUUGGAGUAAAAAUUGAUUCUCCCACUAAAGUGAAGAAAAAUGCACAUAAAGUGGAUCAUGCCAGUGUGUUGGCAUGCAUCAGCCCAGAAGCAGUGAUCUCCGGAUUAAACUACAUGUCACUUGCUAACGUUGGCAUGAGUGGUUUAAGCCCCAACGGUGUGGAUUUAAGCAUGGAGGCAAAUGCUAUAGCUCUGAAAUACUUAAAUGAAAAUCAGCUGUCACAACUAUCUCUUACUCGAUCAAACCAAAAUAAUUGUGACUCAUCAUUCAGCCUUCUACAUAUUAAUACAGACAGAAGCACAGUGGGGCUGAGUUUAAUCUCACCAAACAACAUGUCCUUUGCAACCAAAAAAUACAUGAAGAGAUACGGACUCAUACAAAGCAGUGACAACAGUGAAGAUGAGGAGGACCCUCCCAACGGUGCGGACGGCAAGAGUGAGCCUGCGCUGACGCAGAAGCUCACAUCCACAUCCGAACAACUCAGUCAGCAGAAGGAGCCUUCCAGGAAUGCCUGGGAAGUAGGGAAUUGUCACAGCUGUGAAGCUCUGAGCACCCACACGGAUAUGCCAGUGCUGAGAAAUAUUACAAACGCAGUUGUAGAGCCGAACGCAAACCAGCCAUCGAGUGAAAACCCAGCUUUCUUAUUAAAGAAACUUAAACCAAGUCCUGCAGUGAACCUCCGAACUGGAAAAGCAGAGUUCACUCACCAUCCUGAGAAGGAAAACAAGAGGGAAGCUCCACUGUUCCCUGGAAGUUCGCAGCCCUCUGAGACGUUAAAGCAGAUGAAUAGCAUGAAUUCAGUAGGCACCUUCUUAGACGUGAAGCGGCUCAGACAGCUGCCCAAGCUAUUUUAAACCUUUAAUUCCCUGCCCUGUGAUAGGGAGCCCAGAGCCUUUUGGUAGUUCUGAGAUUCCUAGUCAUUGUAGGAGUCAGUCUGUCUCUUGGUAGCUGCCGAUUGCAUAGGGCUGUACAGGGGACCUGAUUGUCUGUGGGAAGGCUAAGUUGGUCCGUCGGAGCUGUUCUCCAUGUUGCACCUUUAAACCAACCAACCCUGAGAUCAGUUACUUUGACAAACUUAGGUGAACAGGCGCCACGCAGCUCUGAAUGUGCGAGUUCAUUUUCCCAGCAGGUUGCAUCUCUGCCUCUGCUCAGUGGCACUGAAAGAGCAUGAAAUUAUCAUGUCCUGGGCCAAAUGAGCAAAACCCACCCUUCCGGGUGUAAGGGAAAGAGUUAUUUCUGAAAAUAACUUAAAAUGUUUUAUACAGGGAAUGUAUUUCCUCUUAAUUAAGAUGUAUUUGUUAAACUCUGUGGAAGUAAAACUUCUGCAGUCAGAUGGGUUGAUGUUAAUGUAGCAUUUUAAACAGAAUACCGGCUACCACAGGAUGAGAAAAUUAUUGGGUAUGAGUGUGUUUUAUAAAGUGAGUUUUUCAAAUACCUUAAUAUUUUUAAUAGAACUUAAUAAAAAGUCUUCCUUUGUUUUCUGCUGUAAUUGAUCCUUCUCUGCCUUUUGUUUUAAGCUCCCCAAAAUAAUAUAGAAUGUUCAGGUUUACCCCUCACCUGGUACCCCUCAUUGAUAAUAUUUGAUGUAAUCAUGGUAUAUUAUCAAAACCACAAAAUUGACAUUGGGAGUGAUAAUAAUAACUAAACCACAGACUUUCAAGGUUCACAAGUUUUACAAAUAUUUAUUUACUGUUUGAUGUAUAGCUCUAUGAAACUGACAGAUUCUCCUACCACCACCAUCAGCAUCACCACAAACACCUUAGUGGUGUACUCGUAAAACACACCCUUCCUCCCGGCUCCUUCACCCCGACAACACGUGAUCCGUUCUUCAUCACUGACUCGUGUCAUUUUGAGGAUGUCAUAUAAAUGGAAUCAUAUCAUGUAUGGCUUUCUGAAAUUGGCUGUAUUCACUCAGCAUAACAUUUGGAGAUCCAUCCAAGGUGUUGAAUAUAUGAAACAGUUCUUUUCUCCCCCUCCCGCCCUGUUUAAGAUUUAAGUUUUGGGGCCGGUGCUGUGGCGCAGCUGGUUAAAGCCCUGGCCUGAAGUGCCAGCAGCCCAUAUGGGCACCUGUUCUGGUCCCGGCUGCUCCUCUUCCGAUCCUCUUCUGAUCCGGCUCUCAUCUUUGGCCUGGGAUAGCAGAAGAUGGCCCAAGUCCUUGGGCCCCUGCGCCCACGUGGGAGACGCGGAGGAGGCUCUUGGCUCGACUUCAGAUCAGAUCAGCUCUGGCCGUUGCAGCCAUCUGGGGAGUGAACCAGUGGAUGGAAGACCUCCUCUCU